GCAAGUCAUCACUUUUCGCCGGAGCCAUCCAACCGUCCUCAAGGCAUAGGAUUGGCAUGAGGGCCGGAAUAUCCUCACCUUAUCAUUUUUUUUAUAUCUUGCACUUCUACGUUGCUGGAGAGUACAGCUAAAACAAAGAAUAACCACAUACGAGUUUCCCCUCAGUUCCACUGAGGCACCUUGCCAACUCCCUACACUUGAAGCCCUGUCUGCAUUGUACUGUACUAUUAUUUAUUAUUAUUAUUCUUCCAUUAUACUCAUAUAUGCAAGCGGAGCUUAUGAUGAGUCCUUGCGUGAUGUUAAAUACAGGCCAAGUGUUGGUUAUACAGGAGGAAAUACAGGUGUUGAGACCACGCCAAGAUAACAAGAACAUAGGAAAUACAAAGGAGUGACAAUUAAAUACAUGCGAUAAUAACUUCCCAUCCCAGGAACAUAGAGCGAUUUGUUGGAGCGAUUUGUACACCUCUGUAUUUAUUAGGAACCUGAGGUGCUUGAGUUCCGGAUUUAAUGUAUCCCCUGCGGGUUUCGAACCCACACGCCUUGGUUUCCCACGCCAAGGCGCUACCAGGUGGCCGCAUUAACCAUUGUACUGUACUAAACAAUCGUCACUCAGAUCAAACGCAUAUAUACUGACACGGGAACGUAUCCGUUCUAUGAACAUUAUAUCUUCAGCUGCAAGGAUAAAUUUUUAUAAAAUUGGAAGACGGUCCUCUGUACGAAACUUCAGGGCAACCGUCGGCAUGGCUUCCUUAUCGCAGAGACGAGCAUCAGAGGCGGGGGCGGGAACUGGACUGGCGCAUGAGCUUGUCAAUCGCCUCAGUCAGAGCAAAUCGCCUUAUGUUCGCGGCCACAUGAAUAACCCAGUCGCCUGGCAAAUGUGGGAUUCAGAAGCAAUUACCUUAGCUAAAAAACUCAACCGCAUGGUCUUCCUGAGUAUUGGAUAUUCUGCAUGUCACUGGUGUCAUGUUAUGGAGAAAGAGUCUUUUAUGUCUCCUGAAGUUGCGGCAAUACUGAACAAGUCAUUUAUCCCUAUAAAACUGGACCGAGAAGAACGCCCAGAUAUCGAUGAAGUAUACAUGAACUAUGUGCAGGCCACCACUGGUUCUGGCGGGUGGCCGUUAAACGUUUUCCUCACGCCGGAUCUAGAACCGGUCUUUGGAGGCACAUACUGGCCGGGUCCACAUUCCAGUACGUUGCCCGCACUCGGCGGAGAGGGGCAUGUUACCUUCAUCGACAUCUUAGAAAAGCUGCGAGAUGUGUGGCAGACACAACAAUUGAGGUGUCGUGAAAGUGCAAAAGAUAUUACGAAGCAGCUCCGUGAAUUUGCAGAAGAGGGUACCCACUCUAAGCAGAAGGCUGCGGAUGCGGAUGAGGAUCUUGAGGUUGAGCUGCUGGAGGAAUCGUAUCAGCAUUUUGCGUCGCGGUUUGAUCCUGUCAAUGGGGGAUUCUCCAGAGCACCUAAAUUCGCCACUCCGGCCAAUUUGAGCUUCCUGAUUAAUCUUUCUAGAUAUCCCAGUGCCGUCUCCGACAUUGUUGGGUAUGAUGAAUGCUCCCGUGCUCUUGAAAUGGCUACUAAAACCCUUAUUUCCAUGUCCCGGGGAGGUAUCCAUGACCAGAUCGGACAUGGAUUUGCACGGUAUAGCGUAACGGCAGACUGGAGUCUACCCCAUUUUGAGAAAAUGCUCUACGACCAAGCCCAGCUACUGAAUGUUUACGUUGACGCUUUUGACUCUGCUCACAACCCGGAGUUACUGGGUGCCAUAUAUGAUAUCGCAACAUAUAUCACAAGUCCGCCAAUAUUGUCACCGACAGGUGGCUUUUAUUCAUCAGAAGACGCGGACAGCCUACCCACCCCGAGCGACACGGACAAGAGAGAAGGGGCAUUUUACGUCUGGACACAUAAGGAAUUCAAACAGAUUCUUGGCCAGCGAGAUGCGGACGUAUGUGCUCGUCACUGGGGGGUGUUACCAGAUGGAAACGUCGCGCGAGGAAAUGAUCCACAUGAUGAGUUCAUAAACCAAAACGUUCUCAGCAUCAAAGUUACCCCCGCAAAACUUGCGAAGGAGUUCGGAUUAAGCGAGGAGGAGGUUGUUAAGAUUAUCAAGGCCUCUAGAGAGAAAUUGCGUGAAUAUCGCGAGAGCAAGCGGGUGCGUCCAGGGCUAGAUGAUAAGAUUAUCGUCUCGUGGAACGGGCUUGCCAUCGGCGCGCUGGCCAAAUGUAGUGUUGUACUUGAGAAUGUGGAUAGAGCCAAGGCACAGGAAUUCAGGCUGGCCGCGGAGAACGCAGCGAAGUUUAUCAGGCAGAACCUCUUUGACCCUGCAUCCGGUCAACUCUGGCGCAUCUACCGCGACGGUGAGAGGGGGGAUACUCCCGGCUUCGCUGACGACUAUUCAUAUCUCGCCUCUGGACUUAUUGAUCUCUACGAAGCGACGUUUGAUGAUGGCUAUCUGCAAUUUGCAGAGCAGCUACAACAAUACCUAAACACAUACUUCCUCGCCCAAGGCCCUACCCCUACCCCCUCCCCAAGAACCAGCAUAACCACCGAAUCCACCCCAGCCCCAUCCUCUUCUACAGGCUACUACACCACCCCUUCAACCAUCCAUCAAGCCUCCGCACACCCCGCCCCGCUCUUCCGUCUCAAAACCGGCACAGACGCCUCAACCCCCUCACCCAACGGCGUCAUAGCGCAAAACCUCCUCCGCCUCUCCACCCUCCUCGAAGACGACACCUACAAGCGCCUGGCGCGGGAGACCGUCAACGCCUUCGCAGUGGAGAUCAUGCAGCACCCAUUCCUCUUCGUCGGGCUGCUGGAUGUCAUUGUCGGGCUAGAGGUGGGCGUGAAGGGGAUUGUGGGCGUGAUUGGGCAGAGUGAUCAGGGCGAAGCCGCUGAAGCUAAAGGCGAGGAUGCGGGCGAUGUCGAGAUGAAGAUGGAGGAGAAUGCCGCGGGCGAGGCGGCGCCGGUGCCCGUGCCGGUAGUAACGGCCUCUCCUCUCUUAGCGCGCGAGGUGGUUAUUCGCAGGGCACGCGCGGAGGCCGGGGCGGCUGCGUCCACGUCCACUGCGGCCGUUUCUAUCAUCGAUGUACGUACCGCCGGCGAUAGUGAUGCUGCUGUGUCAGAUAGCGUGCGGAAAUCCAGCUGGUUGCGGAGACGCAAUAUUUUACUGAGGGAUGUACGGCCUGGGAAGAAUUACUUGCUUGUCUGCGAGGCGGGGUCGUGCCGGGUUGUUGAUAUCUAAAAGGGGGUUUGUAUAUGCUUUAAACGGACUUUUAAUGUUUUAAAUGUUUAACAGUUGGAGGUUUU